CAGGGAGGGCUUGACCCUGACAAGUGUCUGGGUGAAGGCUGCUUGUCCUGUAAGCGGAAAGAAUCUACACUUGGAGACCCUGAACCAGGCACUAAAGGAGACAUGACUGCAAGUGCUGCGUGAUGCGCUUGGCAUGACCAAACCCAUUCCGAACUCCAUUGCCGGCAAGUUCCACCUGGCGGUGUACGUGACGUGCUAUUGGCUGAACAGGGCCGAUCCCCAACCGUGCAUGGAGCACCUGUGGGCUCUACUGCUGGGCUUUGUGUUCGGAGAGCUGUCUGGCAGACACAAGGGCAAGGAAGCAGGCCUAGAUCAGCUCAACACCUUGCGGACGUCCUAUAGGGAUGGAGGUCCUGACCUGGAGAUGGCACACACGUACAGCCAAUGGCAAGCCUGCCUCUACGCCACUUACAUACUCAACCGCCUGCUGUGCUUGGCCCUACCUGAACCAGAGAAGGCUCGGCUGUACUGCGGUCCGCUGGUGCACCAGGCUGCUCUGAGACUGAGGAGCGGCAUGACUCCCGAGUCGCUCCUCAGCGCCGGUCCAGUUCCCCUACAGCUCUUCCGAGACCUGCAGGACGCCGUGUUGGACUGUCUGGAGCCCGAUGUCCGAGACAGGCUGCAGAAAGCCUCACGACAAAACAACCCGCGGGACAGAAGGAGGACAAAGUCUCACAGCAGCAUAGAUGACCUGGCUUCACACUUUCAACACUUUGAAGUGGACGAGGAGGAGGAGGAGGAAGAUGACAGAGGAAGGGGGCGCUGGAGUAAGACUGAUGAUGAGGACGGUCAGCUUUAUGGAGCUGCCUGCCAAAUCCGCACCCGACACAAGAAGAAGUGAUCUGGGCCUGAGGAAAAGGAUAUAAUUGUUGUAGGCCUACAUUACUUUUAAAAACACUUUCUUUUAUUCUUUUUAAAAAUUCAGUUGGAGUAAAUAGUCCUGUGCAAUUUCAAAGAGCACUUAAUAAUGUUUAAUUCAAUGAAACGUUUAUCUUAUAGUGAACUUGUUUGCUACAGUUUUAUCCACAUCUGUUCCAUUUUUUGGUAACACUUUACUUGACGCCGGUGUCAUUUGCAUGUCAUAAUAGUGUCAUGACACAGUCAUAGAUAAGUCAUAAACAUUAUGUCCAUGUCAUAAACAUAACCGAAUGUCACUU